AUGAUCCUCUUGUGGGCACUAUUCAGCACAACAAGCGCUUUUGGAUGUGGACUCUUCGGUGGACUGGGCGGAGGAGGAUGUGGAUGUGGAGGAACACCAACAAUUGGACCUCUCCCUUGUGCUCCCGCUCCUCCACCCCCACCUCCACCCGUUCUCCCACCGGCUCCCUGUCCUCCGCAACCGUUGUGCUUGCCUCCUUUCUGUGGCCAGCCAGCCCCUUGUGGAGGUCAAUUGAUUCCCCCUACUCGUCCGGCUCCUCUUCCACCACUUCCACCACCAAUCCCACUUCCACAACCAGCUCCUCUUCCACAACCAUUUCCACAACCAUUUCCACAGCCACUACCCUGUGGAAUUCAACCUCAUUUCACUGGUACUCCAUGUGGUGGACAACAAGUUGUGAUUGGUCCUCAACCAGUGGCUCCUCAGCCAAUGCCAAUCGGGUGUAGAAUCGGCCAAGUGAUCACUCAAACAGGUGGAUGCAUGCCGGCUGUUCACGAGAUUACGCCUGCUCAGACCUACUCCACGGGUUUCGCGCCGGCCACCGCUGCUUUCCAACCAGCUCAACAGCCCGUCUUCUCGCAUAGUGUUGAUCCCGGUUUGGGUUACAUCGAACCCACUCAGUCAACGAUUCCCGUAGAAGUCCUCUCCGCUCACGGUCCAGCAUAUGAGCCACAGAUGGACCGAACAGCUUCAGUCGACCUACGUCAGCCCAUUCAUCCCUCAAAUCAUUACCGAAGGAAAUCUAUCGAAGUCGGUAUGGAGGGGAAUACGAUAAAAACGGUGAAUGGACAGGAACUCUCGGAACCCGAUUUAAUGGAGGAUUCGUUUGAAGAAGCGCUGAAGAGAGAGGCACCAAGCAACGCUGGAAUUGAAGUGAAGCCGACGAUCAACUCCCAAGAGACCGAAAAGAUACCCGUUGCGCCAAUCGGAAACAAAAAAGAAACUUCUAUGAUAGAUAUCUCGGAGAUCAAGUUGAGCGAUGAUCCGAUGUGUAACGCCGAGGAGUUGCGCUCGAUUAUGUUACAACAAAUGAGUGACAGUCUCAACUCGUCAAAACGAAUGGUGCAAAUGGCGGCAGAGGAGAGAUUUGGUGGAAGAUUCGAUGUGAUCUGUGCGCACGGGGAUUUCUCCUACGUGACAAAUACAGAGCUAUUCUGUCAAGAGACGAAGAACACCGUCAGCUGUUACGUCUAUCGACAAAUU